AUGAACAAGGUAAUGUUAUCAUGGGGAUGGUACCUUAUGAUUUCAUUCAGUCUUUGUGUGUUUACUCCAACAGAAAGGCGGAUUGGAGGGGUAAUUGAAGAUGAUGAUUUGGUUGGACAUCAAGUAGCACAACGCAAUCAAAUACACCACUCAACUCGUCUGACACCCCCACCUCGAACAGAAUUGGAUUUAGACAACGUGGGGACAAAUGACGUGACAUCUCAUUAUUACUGCUGCACAGAGCCUAUGCGAGAAAAAAUCAAGGAAUUGGAAAACAUUGUGCCAUUGAAUGAAGGAUUUGAAUAUAAAACUGAUAAUUCGAGAUCGCUUCUUACAAAAAUCCGUGACCUGGCAACUCAAGCAAUUGCUCUAUGGAGGGGAUUAAAUGAGAUUCCAAACCUUUGCGACAGUGCCAAAAGAUACCCUUCCAGUAUCAGUUCCAUGGGCAUAGAAUUGGAGAACGUGAUGAUAGAAGCUCGUGGAGGGAGGAGGAUUGGAACUCUUUCUGUUGAAAGAGUGAAGGGGGUGAUGAAUGGGAAGAUACAAAUUUUCCCUGUGGAUGAAGCUGUUACUGAAGCUCUCAAGCGAGUUGAGCUCAUUGUGACCAUCAAAAAUUAUCUUUUGAAGAUUGAAAGAAACCUCCAAACACCUGAAUUGAUAAAAAUACACGACAAAUUACUUCAAAAUAGGUCCUUGACCAAAGCAGGGAUUAUCGAGUCAUUGGCUUCACAAUCUGUUCAUCACACGUUUCUUGAAAAUACACCAGAUGGAGAGAUUGAAUGUUAUUCCCGGAUAAUGCAACAUCUAGAGUUGUUUUAUCCGGUCACCACAAAGUUUGCCAUCACAGAAGGUCUGAAGCAAGUCCAGCUGAUCAAGAAGAUCAGAAAUUACCUUCAGGACUCUGACAGAAACCCUCAGACACAUGCAAUUAAGACGAAAUACAAUAAGUUACUUCAAACAAAGUCUAUGGAUGAUGUAGUGAUUGUCAGGUCAUUGGUAUUGGAAAGUUUGCAACACAUGGACAUCAACAACCCGGAUGAGGAUGUGGAAUGUUUGUAUGAUAUAUUGCAAUAUCUGGAGACGUUGCACCCAAAUUCCGAGCCGUUUAGAAUCACAGAACCUCUGGGGCGAGUCCAGCUGAUUAUGAACAUCAGAAACUACCUUCACAAGGCUGAAAGAAGCCUUCAAACAACUGCCAUUCUGAAUAUCCACAACACAUUACUUCAAACAAGCUCUUUAGACAAGCCUGAGAUAGCCAAGUUGCUGGCAUCACAAUGUAUGGAUCACAUGGUUCUUGACAAUGCCCCACAUGAAGAAAUCCAAUGUUUAGAUCAUAUAUUGAAAUACCUUGAGAAAUUCUAUCCAAUCACCGUGCCACUUAUCAAAUCAAGGUUAUCAAGCAAUGAACCGUUCAGAAAAAUUCAUCAGAAAUUCAAGUCUCAAGCUGAAUUGCAACACCAUGUUAAAAGAUACUCUGAGAAAGAAGACAAGGACCCUUACAUCAUGAGUCUCCUCUUACCCUUUAUAGAUGUAGGCUGGGACUCACUAGAUUCAUCUUAUGUUGAACAUUGCCUACAUAUAUUGAAUAUCCAAGACACUGCACUUGCAUCAAAUAAAGGAGACCUCUAUGGCUUAGACGAUACAAAAGUGAAAAAGUAUCAUGAAGAUCAAGACUUUUUCAUUGAAAUGAUGUACAAAGCAAGUGUGUAUAUCAAAGGAAUCAAAGAAUAUCUGAAUACUCAGGUCCCAAAAGAUGAGCAAAGUGGUCAUUGCAAAUUCAUAUCAAGUGUGUUCCUUGGAAAUGAGAUUGAAAGCUCUGAAAAGUGCAACAUAUGUCUAAGUGGAUACCUGCAGGGGCAAAGAGUUAUCAAAUUAGGAUGUCAGAGACCUCAUGUGUUUCAUGAACAAUGUAUAAAUUCUUCUUAUCUGAAGGUGGGAAUGUCAGAUGUCCCACAUGUAUACGGGGAUUACCUAUACCAUUUUCUCAAGAGGAGCACAUUUUCUGGGGGCAACUUGAAGCUCACAACAUUGGUUCAUAAUCCUGGCGUACAUAUUGCAACAGUUAAUCCCACUGCUUAG